GACGAGGAGGGGAGGGGUGUCUUCAAAAGCAAAUCCCGAAGAAGAAGGGGGUCAUUCGGAGACGGUGCAGAGAUAAAGCGGUCGAGUGGGUUCGAGAAGCGGGGCUGUUCGGGUUGGCGCUCUGCAGUUGGCAUCAUCACGCGAAAGUUCGUUGCCAGAGACGUGGGUUGAGGGAAGGAAGAAAGAGUGUGUAAAGGAAGCAGAUCGGCCGGCGGACGGACGGUCGGACGGCUGGGGGUUUGAGAACGAAUCACAACGCGGUUGCCCCUUCGCGCAAUCUUACAAGAAGAGGGAAAGAGUAAAGGAGCCUAUGGCCCUUAAUCCACAGUUAUUUGGCGACGGCCGCCCAGUGCCUUUCACUAACGAGAUGUUCGUCUUGUCACGCGACGGUGUGGAGUUUGAGAUCGAUAAGAUCCCCUCUGCUAGGGAAGGUAAAGUAAAGGCAAGGGGGACCAUUUUCUUGUCAAAUGUAAGGAUCGUGUUUGUAACAAGUCAACAAGUUGGCAACUUUAUGGCUUUUGACAUGCCUCUGCUUUAUGUUCAUAAUGAGAAAUUCAAUCAGCCGAUAUUCUUCUGCAACAAUAUCUCUGGGCAGGUUGAGCCAGUAGUGCCAGAGGGUGAGCACCAGGCCCUUUACUCUACCCACUCAUUCAAGAUACUAUUUAAAGAAGGUGGUUGCGGAACAUUUGUGCCCCUCUUUUUCAAUCUGAUCUCAUCUGUGAGACAGUAUAACCAGCACUUUGCAAAUGCGACCUCUCAUAAUAUGCAGCAUGUAGAUCCUUUACAAGCUUCUCAGACUCCAGUUGAUGAAAUGAUGAGACAUGCGUAUAUUGAUCCAAACGAUCCAACUAGGAUUUUCUUGCAGCAGUCAACGCAAGAAUCGCAACUGAGGCGCCGUUCAUAUCAUUCACCGCAUCUGGAAAGUACAAUUUGAUGUCCAUAUCAUUUGGUUGUAAUACCUGCCCUCAUUUAAUUUCAUGUCUGUCAAACAGGUCGCACCUUUUGCUGUCAAUAAAGAUAGAUGAUGGACUGACAUGGACACUGGGGUUUUAACACUUGUUUGUUGCCUACCAUCGUGUAGCCAGUUUUAAAGAUGCAUGAUGUUAUUUAGAAGAAAGGAUGCGCUGUGUUGUUUCACUCUUUCUGGGUUUCUAUAGAGGACAUGCGAUUUACUAGAUUUUAUAAUAUGUGAAAGCCAUAACUACCUUAUUUUA